AUGAAGUUCUUCACUGCUACGCUUGCCCCCUGGGCUCUCGUUGCGCUCACCAGCGUUUCGGCCGUCGUGGCCGUGCCCAACCACGCCAAGCGACAGUCGUCUAGUGCGUCGACCCCGGUCUCUCCUCUCACGCCCAGCGUCACCGACGAGGGAUCGCCGCUUCUGAUUCAGUGGGACACCACCACCAGCCAGGCGUGGAAGAGCAUGGAGAUCAAGUUCAUGACCGGCUCGAACCAAAACAUGACUGAGCUCUUCACGGUGGCUACAGGCGUCGACGGCACCUCGUCUGGUGCUGGUCAGCUUCGAUGGACUGCCCCCAACGUGUCGCCCAACUCGGGCAUCUACUUCUUCCAGUUCACCCACAACGGUCAGGACCCUACGUGGACGACCCGAUUCGCCAUCGCUGACACCAACGGAGCUGUGACGACGCCUCCCAACGCUCGACAGCCCGAGGGUCCCGCGAUCCCUUGGGGCACGGGCAGGAUUGUCUCUGGUGCUGUUUCGGCCUCUGGAUCUGACUCGGACUCGUCUAGCUCCAGCUCGUCCACUGGGGCGAUCGCUGCUGCUUCCACCUCUGCUUCGUCUGCCGCUGCCGCCACCUCGUCGAGCUCGUCGGCCAGUCAAUCGAGCUCUUCGGCUUCGUCGAGCUCGUCUUCGGCCUCGAACGCUGCUCAGACCUCCAACACGUCGUCCAGCUCCAGCUCGAGCUCGGGAUCGAGCAAGCAGUCUUCAUCGGCCUCUACUACUGUUCGUGUGGGCUCGGCUGCCAUGGUCGGCGGUGUUGUCGCUGCGCUCGCCGGUGCUAUGCUUGCCUAA